UUCUCUUUGAUGUAUCGUUCCAAAUAAGAUCGAAAUUAAUAUUGUUUUGAAACUAACCUGUUGAAAGAAAAUGAUUUUAUUUUACACAUGUGUCAUAAUUUAUUCCUGUCUGAAUAUGGAAUAUUAUGUAGUGUAUCCUCAAAUUAUUGAGGGUAAUUUGGUCGAUCGAAUCGAAGACCAUAAUUAUAUGGUUGAACUAAAAUAUUAUAAAAGUGAAGAUGAAAGUAAAUUCUGUUGUGCGGGAGUGAUUGUGUCUCCUUGGAAAAUUUUGACCGUAGCCCACUGCGUUCACAAUCGAACUGCAUUUAGAUUAAUUUUCGGUACAAUAAAUGUAUUUGCGCCAUUGGAAACGGUGGAAAUUACUGAAAAAGAAGUAACUAUUCAUCCAGAAUACAGCGGUGGUGUGCUUUUGAGUAAUGAUAUAGCCGUUAUUCAACUUAAUAAACCAUUGGUAUUUAAUUCGAAGAUAAAUCAAAUUAAAAUGGUUACCGAUUAUUACGCAGCAAAAGCUGGUGAUACAGUCAAAAUGCUGGGUUUUACGGAAGGUAUUGGACCUAAUCGGACAACUACACGCAGUAAUUUGCGCUACGUUGAAUCAACAAUUACAGAUUUUCGUACAUGUCAUAAUUCAUACUGGAAUCAUAAAAUGAAACGAUGGGUAGAUGAAAACACACAAAUUUGUGUAGAUUUACGUAAUAGGACAAUAAACAACACAAACCGAGGCGACAGUGGUGGUCCUCUUAUUACAAGUGAUGAUCCUCCAAAAUUACUCGGUCUUACUUCGUAUGACUUCAAAGGCUUGCCAGAAAUUUUCGUUAAAAUUUCGGCAUAUCGAACGUUCAUUUCAAAUCCAAAGGGCUACAAAAAGGGACAAACACGGAAACGGGAAUCAAUUGACAUGAAACAAUCGAAAUUUGGAAGAGUUUCGUCUGAAAGAGGAUAAAAUUGAUGUAAUGAUUUUAACGAAAAUCAAUUUCAGUUUUGAACUUGGAUUUUAUGAAGUUAGUGAAGAAAAUACAAUAAAAUAAUUACUUUUGGCAUACAGCAA